AUGUCUACAUACGAUGAAACCUACGAUGAUGCAUACCUCGAGGAGGAAGAGGAGGGGAUCACAGCUGAGGACUGCUGGCAGGUCGUCUCAUCCUUCUUUGAUACCAAGGGUUUGGUAUCGCAGCAGCUGGACUCUUUCGACGAAUUCGUCUCGACUACGAUGCAAGAACUGAUUUCGGAGAAUUCGCUCCUGACACUCGAUCAAAAUCUGCCACAAUCAGAAGAUGAGCCGGAGGCCCCAGUGCUCAGGAGGUACGAAAUCAAGUUUGGCACUGUCCUGCUCUCACGACCUGCAAUCACCGAAUCUGAUGGUAGUACCAUGACGCUAUUCCCGUUCGAAGCGCGCGACCGAGGUCUUACAUACUCGAGCCCUCUAUACCUUGAGAUGACCAUGAAGAAGUCGAUAGCACGGGAAAAGCCAAUCUUGGAACCCAGUGAUGAAGAGAUUGCUGGUCUAGAAGGCGACUUCAUCCAAAAACCGACUGGCGGCACAUACCUGCAUUGGGAAAAUGAGGACGGAGAGCCCGAUCCUGAACCCAUCAAGGUCUUCAUUGGAAAACUACCGAUCAUGCUGAAGUCCAAGUAUUGCGUUUUAAAAGACAUGCCAGAAGAAGCGCUGUAUGCCUAUAGCGAGUGCCCAUAUGACCAAGGAGGAUACUUCGUAAUAAACGGUAGCGAAAAGGUACUCAUCGCGCAGGAGAGGAGCGCGGCCAACAUCGUACAAGUCUUCAAGAAGGCUCAAAGCAAUACACCAUACGUUGCUGAGAUCCGAAGCGCUGUCGAGAAGGGCUCAAGACUCAUCUCAAGUAUGCAGAUGAAGCUGUAUGAGAAGGGCGAGGGUUCCAAAGGCGGCUUUGGCCAGACCAUUAAAUGCACGCUACCAUACAUCAAGACCGAGAUACCAAUAGCCAUAGUUUUCAGAGCCCUAGGAGUUGUCUCCGACGAAGACAUCCUCAAUCACAUCUGCUACGACCGCAAGGAUACACAGAUGCUGGAAAUGUUGAAACCUUGCAUUGAGGAGGCCUUUGUCAUACAGGAUCGCGAAGUUGCCCUCGAUUUCAUUGGCAAACGAGGCAACUCUCAAGGAGUCACUCGCGAUAAGCGUAUCAAGUACGCGCGGGACAUCAUGCAGAAAGAGCUUCUACCACAUAUAUCCCAGGUCGAAGGUAGUGAGACGCGAAAAGCGUUCUUCCUUGGCUACAUGGUUCACCGUUUGCUACAAUGUGCACUUGGCCGAAGAGAGGUUGACGAUCGAGAUCACUUUGGCAAGAAGCGGCUCGAUCUGGCUGGUCCUUUGCUUGCAAGCCUGUUCCGCGGAACUUUCAACAAGCUGACGAAGGAUGUCUACAAGUAUUUACAGAAAUGUGUGGAGAACAACAAGGAGUUCAAUAUGACGUUGGCUGUCAAGUCCACUCAUUUGACCAAUGGUCUGAGGUAUUCGCUCGCUACUGGCAAUUGGGGAGACCAAAAGAAGGCGGCCUCUGUAAAAGCCGGUGUCUCGCAAGUGCUCAAUCGCUACACCUUUGCCUCCACACUGUCACAUCUUCGACGAACGAAUACACCCAUCGGACGCGACGGCAAGAUUGCUAAACCACGUCAACUACAUAACACCCACUGGGGCCUGGUCUGCCCUGCCGAAACUCCUGAAGGCCAAGCCUGUGGUUUGGUGAAGAAUCUGGCCCUCAUGUGCUACAUCACAGUCGGUACGCCGAGCGAGCCAAUAGUUGAUUUCAUGAUUCAGAGGAACAUGGAGGUACUAGAAGAAUAUGAGCCCCUGAACUCGCCAAAUGCUACAAAGAUCUUCGUAAAUGGCGUCUGGGUUGGUGUCCACCGAGACCCUGCGCACCUUGUGGGCACUGUACAGAAUCUUCGGCGAAGAGGCUUGAUCUCUCAUGAAGUCAGCUUGGUCCGUGACAUACGAGAUCGAGAAUUCAAAGUCUUCACGGAUGCAGGAAGAGUUUGCAGGCCGCUGUUCGUUAUCGAUAACGACCCUAGGAGUAGCAAUCGGGGUAAUCUUGUCUUGACAAAGGACCACGUUCAAAAGCUCGAGCUGGACAGAGAGAAUUGGGCUACCACGGAGCCUGAUGUCAGAGAAGAGGCGGAUAUGGGAUGGCAGGGAUUGGUCAAGGAGGGAGUGGUGGAGUACGUGGAUGCUGAAGAAGAGGAGACUAUCAUGAUCGUCAUGACACCGGAAGACUUGGAGAUUUCACGUCAGCUACAAGCAGGAUAUGCAAUGCCAGAAGCAAAUCCAGAUGAACUCAAUAAGCGUGUCAAGGCACCUAUGAAUCCAACAGCACAUACAUGGACACACUGCGAGAUUCAUCCGAGUAUGAUAUUGGGAAUAUGCGCAAGCAUUAUUCCGUUCCCAGAUCAUAAUCAGUCUCCUAGAAAUACGUACCAGUCUGCUAUGGGUAAACAAGCUAUGGGAGUCUUUCUUACGAAUUAUGAGCAGCGUAUGGAUACUAUGGCCAACAUACUCUACUAUCCGCAAAAGCCUCUUGCUACAACGAGAUCGAUGGAAUUCCUCAAAUUCAGAGAGCUACCUGCAGGUCAAAACGCUAUUGUGGCUAUUGCCUGCUACUCCGGCUACAAUCAAGAAGAUUCCGUCAUCAUGAAUCAAAGUAGUAUCGAUCGUGGUCUUUUCCGAAGUCUUUUCUACCGCGCAUACACCGACCAAGAGAAGCGGAUUGGUAUGUCCGUUGUUGAGCAGUUUGAGAAGCCAAUGCGCAGUGAUACCUUGAAGCUCAAGCAUGGCACAUACGACAAGCUGGAUGAUGAUGGACUUGUUGCCCCUGGUGUCCGAGUAUCUGGAGAAGACAUCAUCAUUGGCAAGACUGCGCCCAUUGCGCCAGACGCUGAGGAGCUCGGUCAGCGAACGAAGCUGCAUGUCAAACGAGACACUUCCACGCCAUUGCGAAGCACUGAGAACGGUAUUGUCGAUCAAGUUCUAUUGUCUACCAACGCAGAGGGCUUGCGAUUCGUCAAAGUCCGGAUGCGAACUACUAAGAUUCCUCAGAUCGGAGAUAAGUUUGCGUCGAGGCACGGCCAGAAAGGAACCAUUGGCAUCACUUACCGCCAGGAAGAUAUGCCGUUUACUAGCGAGGGUAUGGUGCCAGAUCUCAUCAUCAACCCGCAUGCUAUACCGUCUCGAAUGACGAUUGCUCAUUUGAUUGAGUGUCUUUUGAGUAAAGUCUCCUCCCUGCGAGGCUUCGAAGGUGAUGCUACACCUUUCACCGAAGUCACCGUGGACUCGGUCUCCAGGCUGCUUCGUGAGCAUGGCUACCAGUCUCGAGGCUUUGAGGUCAUGUACAAUGGCCAUACUGGACGAAAGUUGGUUACGCAAGUCUUCUUAGGGCCAACAUAUUACCAGCGCUUACGGCACAUGGUGGAUGAUAAGAUCCAUGCUCGGGCCAGAGGCCCAGUGCAAAUCCUGACUAGACAGCCUGUAGAGGGGCGAGCUCGGGACGGUGGUCUCCGUUUCGGGGAGAUGGAGCGCGAUUGCAUGAUCGCUCAUGGUGCAAGUGCUUUCUUAAAAGAGCGGCUAUUCGAAGUGUCUGAUGCCUUCCGAGUGCAUAUAUGUGACAUCUGUGGGCUGAUGACCCCUGUUGCCAACCUCAAGAAAAAUUCGUUCGAGUGCCGACCUUGUCACAACAAAACGAAGAUCUCCCAGAUCCACAUCCCAUACGCAGCCAAACUACUCUUCCAAGAGCUAGCUUCCAUGAACAUUGCAACAAGGCUCUACACGAAGCGCUCGGGGGUCAGUGUCCGGUAG